CCGAACACAGGACCUUGUUCAGAUAAAUAUCCCAGACUGCUGAGCAGUUCUUCACUUUCCCAGAACACCAAAACACACAACUGGUGGCCAGCUCAACAUGGCUCUGCCACGCUUUACCACAGCAGGAGUUAUUUUCCUACUUUUCUCCACCUCAUCAGCUCAAAUCAGAGGAGAUAACAUUGCAAAAUGCAACAUGAACGACGGCUUUGGAAAGUACUGCCCUACUACAUGUGGAGUUGCUGAUUACAUGUUCAGAUAUUUGCCAGGCGUAAAUGAAGACCUGACUUUAAUGCAAGAUCAACUGGAGACAAUUGCCAAUUUAACUGUUGGGGCUGAUGAAAAAAUUACAUACAUGAGAGACUCGACAACUUCAGCGCAAAAGUCUUCCCAGCCUGAUCCGUACUACAGGAAGUCCUCCAGCAUGCUGGACGAUGUUUUGCGUUUUGAAAAGACAAUACUUGCACAAGAACAACAAAUGAUUGAACUUCAGAACUUAAUCUCGUCCAAUGAGAGGAGUAUGGGUGAAUUGAAGAAACUGGCCCUUCAGCUGCAGCAGAAAUGCAGUGAGCCCUGCAGAGACACGGUCGAAAUCCAGCCUACCACAGGAACAGACUGCCAGGAUAUUGCAAACAAAGGCGCCACCACCAGCGGCCUUUACUAUGUGAAGCCAACCAAUGCACAGCCGCAGUUCUUAGUCUAUUGUGAGAUUGACAACUUUGGCCGUGGCUUCACUGUAAUACAAAGGAGACGUGAUGGCAGCGUGGACUUCUUCCGGGACUGGACCCAGUACAGGGAGGGCUUUGGGUACCUCUCCCCAGACGACACCACAGAAUUUUGGCUCGGCAACGAGAAGAUCCACCUGCUGACGACCAGCUCCACCAUCCCUACCGUGUUGAGAAUCGAGCUUGUUGACUGGGAGGGUAGCAAAAAAUAUGCCGAUUACAACAUGUUCCGUAUCGGCUCGGAGGCUGACAUGUACAGACUCACCUACGGUUACUACUUUGGUGGCGAUGCUGGCGAUGCCUUCGACGGCUUCGACCUUGGAGACGACGCCAGUGACAAGUUCCACACGUCACACAACGGCAUGCAGUUCAGUACUCACGACAAAGACAACGACAAGUACUCAGGGAACUGUGCCCAGCAGGACGGCUCCGGCUGGUGGAUGAACAGAUGCCACGCGGCACAUCUGAAUGGAAAAUACUACCAGGGGGGCAGGUACACUGAAAAGGAUGCUGGUGAGUACGGCUUUGACAACGGAAUCACUUGGCUGACAUGGCACAGUCGCUGGUACUCCCUGAAAGAAACCACCAUGAAGCUCAUUCCAGUGAGCCGGAUCUCAGCGGGAGGCGGACAGCAGGCUGGGGUCAAACAGUUUGGAGGACUCGGAGAUGCAUAAACCAGAACGAUCGUUUUGGUCUGCUUUCAACUCUUAAAUUGACCCAGAAUAAAAUGCCUCCAAUUAUC